UGGUUUGUUCGUUGCUGUUGCCGAGCAACUCUUGACGUGAACGGACGUGUUUUUUCUCGCAGCGGCAAACACUGCGAACGCAACGAAAGAACAGACAGGCGACAAAUACAAAACACCGUAACGCAACCGAAUAAAACUGUAAAGUGCAAGAACGUUAUACACCAAUACAAUACAAUACAAUACUUUCUCAGAAGGAACGUCUGCUGCGUUUUUGUUUUUGUUAUCGUUGUUAAAGUCAAGUGAACAAGUAUCCGGUUAAAAUUAUAAAUAAAAUUUUAUUUUACACCUCUUUGGUUUAGUGUUACGUUUUAUGUUGAAUUUGUAUAGUUUUCGCAAUUGUCCAAAAUGCAAUUGAACAUGAAUAAGAAUCAAUUACCGGUGCGCGUGUGAGACUCUUAAUAAUAAUAAUCAAAAUCAAAAUCAUAAUAAAACGGUGAGCACGAGAGACAAUCAAAUAAUUAUAAUACGAGUAUAUGACAAGCUUGAGAGCUUCACGUGCAGCAUAAGAAAUCGUGAUAACACACACACACAAAUAUAUGUACAUAAACAUCAACAGCAGCAUCAGCAUUUUGUUGUUGUGCACGCUCAAUCGCCGUUAACAUCGUGUGUGUUCCAGCAACAGCAGCAGCGGCAGCCACCAACAAAUACAAACGAGCAAUUUUCGUGCGUCGACGUCGCUGCUGCCGGCUGCUGCAAUUAUGUGUAGCAGCAGCGACGCUUUAAAUAAAAGGUAGACAGCAAUAGCAACAAAACAAGCAUAACAGGCAGAAGCUUCCGCUGCCUCAGUCGCCGUCACCGUCGCUGUCUCUUGCAUGCAAUUAAUGUACACAGUUUUUUGCAUACAUAAAUUACAGCAACAAAACAACUACAACAACAACAAAAGUAACAUCAGCGGCAGCAACGUUUACAAUUUGUGUGUGCUUUGCCGGCAGACGCUGUCGAGUGCUGCCGCCGCCCCAAAGGUCGUUGGCGCUAAGGUCACAGUCAACUGAAGAGAGAAGCGAGAUUUAGAGAAAGAGAGAUAAAGAGUGUACGAAUUUCGUGCUGCAAGUGUGACACACAGGAACGCCCCAACAACAAUAAUACAAAAGCUUGAAAAAAACGGUAAAUCUUCAAAUACGCGUGUGCCUCAAGUAUUUAGAUAAAAUAAAAACGUAAAUUCAACAAACAGCAGCAGCAAUCGCUGUCGACGUCAACGUCAGCGCAGCUUGCAAAUCGCAUGCAUGCAACAUAAUGUGGCACCAUCAGCAGCAGCAGCAGCAGUAGCGCAGGCAGGAAAUUUGAAAAGCGCGUCGAGGUAUGGGAAACUGCAAAAAUGUGAGAUCAACUUUGAUGUGUCUCUGUGUGUGUGUGGCCUGCGGCAAUGACUUUUAACGAGAGCAUUUAAAACAAUACGAAAAGCUUUAACGUAACGGUCUAAGGAAAUUGCAAGCUGUAAGCAGCAGCAGCAGCGGCAAUAACAAUAAGAAGUGGAAGAAGAAGAAGAAGAAGAGCAGGGCAACAGCUGUGGGCACAGCGCGUUUAGCACGUGACGCGGCGCUAAUAGACGACCCCGUUUUGUAACGGUAAUUGGUGGCACACACGUGAGCGCACAUCGAAUCGUUCACACACCCACACACACACACACAGGCAUCCAGCUAGCUGGCCAGGUGUCAAAAUGGCCGUUAGCAACAUCGUUUGCGAAUGGCUGCGCGCCCUGGGGCUAGCGCAAUACGCGGAAAGCUUCCUGGACAAUGGCUACGAUGACUUGGAGAUUUGCAAACAAGUCGGCGAUCCCGAUCUGGAUGCCAUUGGCGUCGAUAAUCCAGUCCAUCGACACAAGCUGCUCAAGAGCGUACGCUCGCUGCGCGAAAAGGGAGCUGCCUCAGUCUAUUUCAUGCUCAACGAUCCCAAUUCACUCUCGGGCAGCAUGGAGAUCCUGUGCGAGACGCCGCCCAGCAACGAACUGGAAAUGGUGCUGGCCGAACAGCUGGAGACGGACGGAGUGCGUCUGACAGCGCAUCCAUAUUCAACACCGGAUGGACAACGCGGCCAUUUAGAGGGUCUUGCAUCCGUCUAUUGUGAAUUGUUAAUGGCUCCCUUUGGGGAUAUUUUAAGUGCUUUAGAAAAUGCUAGACAAGCAGCAUGGGCGGAGCGCAGUCCGCUCCAUCCCGCCGGCGGCAGCAGCGGCGGCGCCAGCGGCAGCGGUGGCAGCGGCCUCAGCGGCAGCGCCGGUGGCAGCGGCAGCGCUACCGCCGGCGGCAUGCACCAUCGCCAGCAGCACGGCCAUCGCGGUCACUCAGCGCACGGCGCCGGCCUGCCAAAUAGUCAUAGUCAGCCCAUUUAUGUGCCAGGAAAGUAUUCGCCCUCCAGCUGCUUGUCGGACAAGGAGGAGGACGAGAUCUACGGCUUUGGCUAUGGCGUCUUUGCGCCGCGAGUGGCACGCGGCGGCUUGACACAGCAGCAGCAGCUGUUGCAGCAGCAGACACUGCAAACGCAGCACAGCAUACAGCAGCAACAGUUGCAGCAGCAGCAGCAGCAACAGCAACAACUACCAAAUGUGCCAGGCCAACAGCCGGCAGGACAGCCCGGCGUUGGACCACAACAGCAUCAGACACUCCCGCCAAACGUAGCGCAUCUGAACUUUGUGCAGCAAAACUGCCUGAGUCCACGCUCCGCAUACUUCUACGAGUUCCCACCGACUGCAGAGGGACGCGAGACAAAGAAGCGCACGACUCUGGCGCGGCUGCUGAAAGGCUUGAAAACUGUCAAUCGAAGGGAUCGCAACAAUCAACAAAAUGGCGCACAAGCCAGGGCGGCCAACGAUCGCCUGAGGCACUUCCAGAUGAUAAACGGCGGAGCGGGCGCGCCGCAGCAGAGCUUCGAGGAGACAAUCCACCGGCUAAAAGUCCAAGAGGCCAUGCGCAAGAAGGAGAAGUUUCAACGUGAGCACGAAGAGAUCUUGCGGGACAUACGGCAGGGCCUGCUGCAGAUGAGUCGGGGCGAGGGACGAGCGGUCUAUCCCUUUGCAGAUGAUACGUACAUGUACGACGAGGCGCUGCGCAACGGCCCCGGCGCCGUUGGCCAGGGUGGUGCGCAUUAUGCGGUCAGUGCGCUGCACCACCAAGGUCAUUGGUACGACGAGCCGCCCUACGAGAGCGAUCCCGAUGAUUUUCUUAUGGCCGGACUUAAUUGUGGACCAGCUGCUACCAUACAGGGUGGCCGUGUGCGCUUCUCAAACAACCGCGAGAGCACGGGCGUAAUUUCAUUAAGAUCCGCCGGAGAUAUUUCGCUGCCGCAGCGCGGACCGCCGCGUCGAGGGCUUAUCGUGCCACAGCAGCCGCCAAAUCCGCCGACAAUAAUACCGUUAACGCAUGCCAGAUCGCAUGAUCGUGAGAGCGGCGACUAUGCUGGCUCCAUUUCGGAUUUACAAAGCGUUACCUCCAGACUGAGCACAGUUUCGAUUGGCACCAACAAUUGCACCGCCAGAUACCGGACGCUGAGUGGAGGCAUCGGCGAGUCGCCGUCGCUGUCCCCGAGCCCCUCCUCCGACUACGAGGACAUCGGCGCCACAAGGCACGGACUGCCGCCCAGUUUUGCAGCGAAGGCCAAAAAGAACGGACUGCCGCACAAGGCGAAUACGAUUUGCCAGAAGGCCAUGGUGCAUCACUCGGGCGAAAUGCGUAGCUCGCCAAAGGAAAUUGGCGCAUUUAAUGAGAAUGGACGAAACUUUGUUGCCACAAAGGAUACAUCAAGGGAUUUCAGCAAUUCCCAAGAUAAUACCGACCGUGGCAGCAUGAGCGAUCAGGCGUUUGCAUGUUCCGCCAGCUCCGUUGAAAGUUUGCCCAGUGCAUCCGGUUCGAGCACUCAAGCUCUAGUGCGUCCCGGCAGCCCACACAGCUCCAUUUCAGCCGAGGAUCGCGCCUCCCUGGCGCCCAUUUGCAAGGCCAAGGCACUUGUCGACAGUCUGCCCAAUCCCUACGACAAGGAGGCACUCAAAUUCAAGAAGGGCGACCUGAUCGAUGUGCUGUCCAUGAAUGCGUCGGGCAUUUGGAAGGGUCGCUGCCAUGGCCGCGUGGGCCACUUCAAGUUCAUCAACGUGGAGGUGCUGCCCGAGCAGCGCAUGAAGAACUCGAGCAGCAAGACCCUGGCGCCCGCCUCUCGACUGGCCAACAGCAACAACGGCAGCGGCAACGCGGGGCCCAGCUCCGUGGACGAUCUGCUGAUACGCAUCGGGCUCAAGGAGUACACCUCCGUCUUUGUGCUCAACGGGUACGAGGAUUUGGAGCUGUUCAAGGAACUCGAGCCGGCUGAUCUGGACUAUCUGGGCAUACUCAACCAGGAGCAUCGCGCCAAGCUGCUGACGGCCGUGCAGCUGUUGCACGACAUUGAAUCUACAAAUUUCGCACGCACAGGCUCCGACAUGGACAUAGCCGGCUCCAGCUCGGAGAACGACGAAGCGCGCCUGAACAACAUCAACAAGAAGCACGGCGCCUCGCCCUUUGGCCGACGACACUUUCCACGGGACUCCGGCUGCUACGAGGGCUCGCCGCUGCCCAGCUCCCAGACGCCCACGCAGACGGUGAACUCGACGGACGACUCGAACAGCCUCGACGAUGUGGUCUCCAAGUGCUCCAGCGAGAUAAUGAAGCGCGUGGAGAGCGCACGGCGCUGCAAGGAGAACCCGUUCAAGGCGACGCUGCCGGCGCGAGUCGGCAAGAAGUCCUUUCUUGGCGGCGGCAGUCUUAUGGGCGACGAUACGCUCACGCGUGGCGGCCUCAGCGAGAAGUCGAGCGACUCGGGCGUCAGUAGCAGUUCGCUAUCAUCGGGUCCGCUGAAGAGCAGCACUUAACAUUUGCCAACCAUACUCGCCCACGAGCUGCUGCUGGGCGUGGGCCAGGCGGGCGGCGGCAGCAGCGUGGGCGCCACCUCGCCCACCACCUCGGUCGCCUCGGCUGGCAUGCUGGGCUGUCCCAGCAGUGGCAGUGGCAAUGCCAGCCUGAAUGCCACGGCGCCACUUGGCAACAUCUGCAACACUCUGCCGCAUGCCCCGUCCGGUGGCAGCAGCACGAUGGGCCUCUCUAGCAAUCUGCCGCUGAACCGCAAUCUGGUGAUGUUGCGCAAUCAUUUGCGCAAAAAUACGAGUGGAAAUGCAUCAGCCGCACUGCAGGACGACAAGGAUCAAUAACAACCCAUUUAUUACAUACAGAUUUUAGUUUAGAUUCUCGAUACUUCAGUUAGAUAUAUGUAUGUAUUUCAAUUGCUGUGAUUCGAUAGUGAAAAAAGGCCAAGACGCGUCUUUCAGUUCAAAUGUAUAGUGUAUAGAGACAGAUAGAUAGCAACAGAGCGAGAGAGCAAGAGAGAGAGAGAGAUAGUGAGAUAUAGAGAGAGCGAGAGAGUGAGCACAUUAAGCAAAGUCAGUUAGUCAGUCAAUCCUUCCUCCGAUAAUGUUGGCAUUUAUAUAUAUACUCUUAUAUAUAUAUAUUUACAUAUAUAUAUAUGUGAAAAGACAGAGCUAUAUACUUAGUAAUUGUAAUGUAAUCAAAUCGUUUAACUAUUUUUAGUUAGCCUGAUGUAAACAACAGAAACAAAAACAAGAAAUGAUUAACGAAACAUUUUCUCAUUUGCCAUUUUUUGCCAAUUGCUUUCUAUGUAUAUUUCGCAACGUGAUAUUGUCAAACGUCCAACUUGAAUUGCAGUUUUUAAUCGAUGAAACCACAUUUUAAUUAACACGAGGGAACGGGCCGAAGAUAUCUAUCUAUAAAUAACUCAAGUUGAUUCCUAUAUUAUGGCACAAAGGCUGCCGGCAAUAGACCAAUUACAUUUUAAAGCCCAAAUAUUUACACGAAGCAAACGAAUUUGCCAAUAUUUAUAAUUCUAUAAAGAGAAACUCAAUUGAAUUAAGUAUCACACACACACACACACAGACACACUCACAUCAUGAUGUAUCCGUCAAAGUUGUAUAUUUGAAAAUUCAGCUAAGGGAAAAUUGUAUGCUAAGCAAUAUAAAUUGGUAAAACGUAGACUCCAGACAAGCGAGCUGUAUAUAGUAAGGGUAUUCUUGUCACUGGAGUGUUCAUGAAUGCCAUUUAACAGUUAAAUGCAAAUAUGUACUAAUAAUAAGAUACACACUUAUAUACAUAUUUAUAUAUAUAUAUAAACUAUUAGCAAUUGCCAGCUAUUUAGCGAUAAUCAAAAGGAAAAGGACAAUGAAACGAAUUGGAUGGCAGAUUUUAUUGAUUUCACAUUAAACAAUUAGUUAAAUAAAUCAAUACAAAUAUUUCAAAGCGAGCACAAAAAGAGAAUAUAUAUAUAUAUACAUACAUAUAUAUUUAAACUAUAUCAUAGCGCAUAUGAAUAUCGAAUACCAAUCGACUUUAUGUACAUUUGACACAGAAACGAAAAACCAAUUCCGCUUUUAAUCAUAAUUAAGCAAAAUUAUAUAUAUAUAUAUAUAAAUAUAUAAAUAUUCAUAAAAUUAACAACUAAAAUUAAAUAAUCCCAAAAACUUAAAUAAAAUUUUAUAAUUAGUCCAAACAAAAAGAAAAAAUAAAAAGAUUAUUAAUUGCGCACGUGUUAUAGCCAGAGAGUAAAAAUAUUCUUAUGUAGGCAUUUUGAAUUUUUUUAUUUAUCUAAAAACAUAAAUUUAAGUGUUUCAACUGUAAAUUAUAUUAGAGAGAAAGCAAAACAAAUGCAGAAUGCACAAGAGCCACAUGCAGCAUGUGCAAAAAGUUUCCAUUUAUCACUGUAAAAUUAUGUAAUUAAAUUCGAAUAUGUAAGCAAUAUUAAAGUUUAAAGUAACAAAAAAAAAAAA